AUGCAAAUACACCUACUCUUUCUGCUGGUACUCAUCCAAGCACUGGUUGUCCUUGGGGCUACUGAAACACCCGAACCAUCCGACCCGUCGAGCAACUCUGUUUCGCUCACUGACUACAACUGGGUGCUAGCUGCGCCCAAUGAAACAUUUGAUAGCACCAAGGCCUCCAAUCUCAGUGCCGAAACCAUCAACAAUGUCCUUCAAAGAGCAACCAAGAUAUGUAUUACCGAAAAGUCCGUCCUAAAAAAGCUCGCCCCGCCACGUCUCCCGGAUCUACUUAAAAGUCGCGUAUACUUUAUCACUCAUGUUUCUUUCACUGGCAUAAGUACUAUUACAGCCGAAAUCUUCACUGAUCUUGCCCAGUUUAUUAAUUUAGAGGAAAUCAGAAUUGUAGCCUUACAACCAUCUGAUUUUAUCUUAACGUCUACCUUUAAUUGUCUCAAGGCAUGUACAAAACUCCACACUCUCCACCUCCACAUGCCAGAGGUUGCUUUUCCUGACCAGCGCAUCGAAGUGGCCAAUAGCAACCUCCACUACUUUGAGUUCACCAACCAUCAUUUUCAAGACGAAAUAAUCAUUCUUAACGGGCCAAACCUCACUACCAUCAAGAUAAGCGCCAGCCGCUUGCAGUACAUUGAUGUCCUCAAGCCUACCAAAAAGGACAUGUCCUUCCGCCUGAUUGCGCCAAGUAUGGAGUAUCUCCCCGAAUGUAUCUUGUACAAAGACAAUCUCUAUCUCGACAUUCGUCUUGAUAGACCGUCACCAACCACUAACUUCAAAGAGCAUACUGUAUUUGCUCCCAACCGAAUCAGGGCCGGUACAGAUGUACUGCUAAGUCGGAUUGUCUCGCUUAACAUCCUCCAAAAGCAAAAGCCAUUCAUGUGCUGCCCCGGCACCAAGUUCACUUCCUGGACCCAAUAUGAAAAGCACCGCCAGCAUUCCCACCCCACUGUCAACUCCUCCUUGGCUAUUGCUGAAACCAUCAACAACACUCUAUUCACCAUGGCCCUGCCCACCCUGCCUCCAUCUGAUAAGAACCCAAGCUAUGCCCUAUCAUCAACCGAGAUUACGGACAUUGUUGAUUUUCUGAAUAGAGUCACUAUUACUGACAUCAAAAUUAACAUAGGAAAGUAUGGGUUCAACAUGAGCAGUAAAAACCCAGACGACCUACCACGGCAAGUAUCUGAAUGGACGCCCAUUCUUCUUUCCCUGUCCCAUAUCGCCAUUGAAAACACUAACACGAAAAUAGACCUACCCGUCUGUUUCUACAAGCUUUACACUCUCCGCUCAAUCAAAAUCAUCAACUGCAACUUCCCCAACCUACUAGACCUAAUCAUUGCCAUGCCAGGGCUUCGGACGGUGUAUAUAGAAAGCUCGACCUUCCACCACGCCAAUACCAAGAUCUUCGCUGACUACCGAAACAAACUCAAAAGAUACUGUAAAGACAGUAAGACCUUCAAAAUCCUCAACUGCCAAAGUGAAGAAAGCCUCAACUUCCUGUUCAAUUGUUUUAUUAUUGGAAUGGGGUUCCUCUUCGCCAUAAUGACUCUUCUGUACGUUAUCUCUCUAAACAUAAGGAAGAAAGAACUAGCUAAGUUGUAA